CCCGAACCUUCAUUCACAAAUUCUGCUGCGGAUUGAAAUCCCAGGGAUCAUACUGGACUCCUGCACUGCAAAUUUAAUUGGUGUUAAUUCACUUCAAACUAAUUAAAUAUUGUUCUGUGGCGAUACAAAACACAGCUGAAGGGUCGAGAAGAAAGCACACCCUGCACGAGACAGGAGCCAGAACUGGCCAGCAGCACUAAUUCCUGCGGACCCAUUCGCAAGGGGAGAUCAACUCAUUUUGCCUCCUUUUUGGGAUCAUGGCCACCCCAGGGAUUCCCGAGCACGUACUGAGAAAUGAAUUUCUAAUUAAGAAACUCGAGGAGAUAGCAAAAGAUGCUGCUCUUAUGAAUGGAAUCUUAAUGCGGACGAAAGAAACACCCAAUGCCUCGGAGGUGGUAGGCUUCGCUCCUUUCACACUCUUCCCCUCUCCAGUUCCUAGAGCGCUCUUCCAGCAGGCCUUGGCUGUGCAGGUGCAUUUCAAUCUCUUGGUGGACAAGAUCAGCCAGAAUCCAGACUUCCUGGAGGAGGCGCUCGCAAGUACAAUCAAAGUGGAUGAAUUUACGGCAAAGCUAUUCAACAUACAUAAACAGGUUCUUAAAGAGGGCCAUGCUCAGUCAAUUGUCCUUGGUCUUAAUCGGUCAGACUACAUGCUGGACCAAGGUGAAGAUGGUGGGACAUCCCUGAAACAGAUAGAGAUCAACACUAUUGCUGCAAGCUUUGGUGGUCUCUCCUCACGUACACCAGAUGUCCAUCGGCACAUUCUGAAGGUGGCAGAUCGACUGGAUGAGCGGAAGAAAAUCCUUGACAACAACCCUGCAGCAGGACUAGCAAAGGGGUUAACCAAAGCCUGGGAGCUUUAUGGUUCAGAAAAAGCCGUUGUCAUGUUUUUAGUGGAAGAUGUCCAGAGGAACAUCUUUGAUCAUCGUUAUGUAGAGAAUGAGCUUUGGAGCAGAAAUAUCCCUGUCAUCCGACGACAGUUUGAGGAUGUGUCCAAAACUGGGUCUUUGGAUCAGACUAAGAGACUAUUUGUUGAUGGAAAAGAAGUGGCGGUUGUGUACUUCCGGAAUGGAUACAUGCCUCAGAACUACACUAGUCCACAGAGCUGGGACGUGCGUCUGAUGAUGGAGAGGUCGCUGGCGGUGAAGUGUCCUGACAUUGGCACCCAUCUGGCCGGCACCAAGAAGGUGCAGCAGGAGCUGGCCCGCCCCGGGGUGCUGGAGCGCUUCUUUCCAGACCAGCCGGAUGUCGUGGCCCAGAUCAGAGCCACCUUUGCUGGACUCUACACUCUUGACGUGGGAGCAGAAGGAGACAAGACUGUUGCCAUGGCUUUGGCCAAACCUGACCAUUAUGUCCUGAAACCUCAAAGAGAAGGAGGAGGAAACAACAUUUACGGCCAAGAAAUAUGUCAGGUGUUGGAGGGCAUGACGGAGGGCUCCGAGAGGACAGCCUACAUCCUGAUGGACAAGAUCCGACCCUGCCCGGUCCAGAAUUACCUGCUCAGGCCUGGUGCGACCCUCAAACUCUGCACAUGCCUGAGUGAACUGGGGGUCUUUGGGGCGUAUGUCAGACAGGGGAAGGAGAUGGUGAUGAAUGAGUGUGUGGGUCACCUACUGAGGACCAAGAGCUCUGAGCACGACGAUGGAGGUGUGGCUGCUGGCGUGGCCGUGCUGGACAAUCCUCUGUUGGUGUGAGAGCGCCCCCUGCUGGAGUCAGGUGGCAGGGUGAAGGCUCAAACACACGCACACUCACACACUCACUCACUCACACACACACAGAAAGAUGAGGGGAUGGGCAUAGAGACCCUCACAAAAGAGUAGCCUCACAUGGACCGAUUGAUACGUAGGGGCACAUCUAGAUUUCUAGGCUAAUUGAUACGCUCUUCUUUGAUCUGAAGUAACUGAAGUGGUCAUCCAAAGAUGUGGUAUUUUCUUAUAGGUGUAGUCACAAUAUUUUUCUAAUACAAGCAAAUGGUUAAUUUCUGUAUCCGUAAAUUUGCAGACAAGUGUGUUGGCUGCCAGAAGUGCACUUGUAUUUGGAAAUACUGUAGGUAAUUCAGAAGUGUCCCAGAUCUCACUGAGUAUGUAUGCACUUAAAUGCACAUUGCAUUUUUUGUUUUUUUUAUGAAAUGAUCUGUUUCUGUGGUAAAUAGACCAUCAGUCGCCAAAAAUGUAUAAUUUUGAUUGUACAAGUUUGAUGUGUAUUGUAACAAGUAUAAUAGCCUAUUGUAAUUUUUUAAAAAUAAAGUGUCAUGCUGAAAGGGCUAAAAGCAAACUCUAAAGAGAACAUAUCAGGCUAUGUUAAGGAUGUUGAAAAAUACUAUUAAACCAUCAUGAGCAGA